AUGGACACCUACCAGCGAACAUGGCAGAACAAACAGCCCCUCGUGUUCACCGCGCUCGGCACCCUCGCCGCCGCGUUCCUCUUCUGGGUGGCGUUCCUCCGACCCGCGCCCGUCCCUGCGGUGCCGGUCAUUACCAAGGCCGUUGCAGUGCUCAAAGGCGACUCGGGUGUGAGCGGCACGGUGACGUUUGCACAGACAGUGCCGACGGCGGCGGUCACGGUCACCGGCGAACUGCGCGGGCUCGACCCACGCGCGGAGCGAGGCUUUCACAUCCAUACUUCGGGUGACCUCUCCGCUGGCUGCGUCUCGGCCGGCGCGCACUAUAAUCCUCUGGGAAAGAAACAUGGCGCGCCGUCUGCUGACGAGCGGCACGUCGGCGACCUUGGGAACGUGUUGAGCGAUGCGCAGGGCGCGGUGCAGAUCUCGAUGGAGGACAGGCUGAUUUCGCUGAACGGGCCGCUGAGCAUUGUAGGCCGUGCGGUCGUUCUUCACGCGGGAACAGACGAUCUUGGAAAGGGCGGCAACGAAGACUCAUUGCAGACGGGCAAUGCGGGUGGCCGUGUGGCCUGCGGUGUUAUCGGUAGGCCUCGCUUCCUUUCCGCACGCUCGCGUUUCUGA